CGUGUUAGGGUAUUGAGUAGUCGCAGCAGGUGUGGGCGAACUCGUCGGGAAAAUCUCCCCGGCGAAGUCUGCCAAACCCCAACCGUGCCCUAUCCACCAAUGCCGGCGGCGAUGGCCGGCACCACAGGAGGCGGCGGAGGCGGCAGCGGCCGGACCCUCGAUUGCCGCAGCUUCUGGAAGGCCGGCGCGUUCGAGGCCGCGUCCGCCCCCUCUCGCGAGUUCCACGAUGCUCUUGAGGCAGGGGACUUCGAUCGCGCCCGCGUUCACCCCAAGUUCCUCCACACCAACGCGACCUCUCACAAGUGGGCAUUCGGAGCUAUAGCUGAACUUCUUGACAAUGCAGUAGAUGAGAUUUGCAAUGGUGCCACAUUUGUAAAAGUGGAUAAAAGCGUCAACUUGAAAGACAAUAGCCCAAUGCUGUUUUUUCAAGAUGAUGGAGGAGGAAUGGAUCCUGAAGGGGUUCGACGAUGCAUGAGUCUUGGAUUCUCAACCAAGAAAUCAAAGAAAACCAUUGGCCAGUAUGGAAAUGGCUUUAAGACAAGCACAAUGAGACUUGGUGCUGAUGCAAUAGUGUUUACUCGUGCAAAUCGUGGAAGUAAUAUUACCUUGAGUAUUGGUUUGCUCUCUUACACUUUCUUGAGGAGAACUAUGAAGGAUGAUAUAGUUGUCCCCAUGCUCGAUUUUAAAAUCCAAGAUGGCCACAUUGUACCUUUGGUGUAUGGUUCACAGGGUGAUUGGGACAGCAGCUUGAAGAUAAUACUGGACUGGUCCCCUUUUUCUUCAAAGGAAGAACUGCUACAACAGUUUGAGGAUAUUGUUGGUCAUGGAACUAAGGUGGCAAUAUACAAUUUAUGGAUGAACGACGAUGGCCUUUUAGAACUUGACUUUGAGGAUGAUGAUGAGGACAUAUUACUCAGAGAUCAAGAUAAAGCCAGCGGCGGAGUGUCAAAGGCCCAAAAAGAAAUUGUUCAGCAACAUAUAUCCCACAGACUCAGAUUUUCAUUGCGAGCGUAUACUUCCAUCCUUUACCUUAAGAAGUUUGAAAAUUUCCAAAUUAUAUUAAGAGGAAAACCCAUUGAACAGAUAAGGAUUGCUGAUGAGCUAAAGUUUAAGAAAGUAGUUACCUACAAACCUCAAGUUGCACACGAUUCUCAAGUGGUUGCAGUGAAAGUAGACGUUGGCUUUGCAAAGGAGGCACCUGUUCUGGGGAUUUUUGGGAUGAAUGUUUACCAUAAAAAUCGACUAAUAAUGCCCUUCUGGAAGGUCCUUCAAGAGGGAUCUAGUAGAGGGAGAAGUGUUGUUGGUGUACUGGAGGCAAAUUUCAUUGAGCCGGCACAUGACAAACAAGAUUUUGAGAGAACUCCACUAUUUAUUCGACUAGAAGCUAAGCUUAGACAAAUUAUCAUUGAUUAUUGGAAAGAAAAGUGUCAUUUAAUAGGUUACCAGCCAGUGGAUCCACAAUUAAGAUCCCAGUACAAGGCUGCUCUCAAAGAUUCAGGGAACCCUGGACCUAAGUCUCAGCAGAGAGCUUCCACUAAUAGGACUGGAGGGCAUACAUCAAAUUUGCUACCGGAGACGUAUGAUGAUAUUGCAGAUGUUGGAUUGACAGCCAACGGUGCAGGUUCUGGUGUACAAUCAUUACGCCAAGCUCAAGGAAAAAGUAUGGAGCCAGCAGGCUUGGAUGAGGAUUCUGUAGAUAUUGGUUCUGACGGCACACUUGAUCCCAAUUUCAUGGGAAAGCUGAGUGAAGAAAACAUUGCUCUGUUCACAAGGCGUGAAGAGCUUCGACAACGAGAUACACAGUUGAGACAGACGAUCUCGCAGCUAGAACAACAGCUAGAGGAUACGAAAAGGAAGUGCACUCAGCUUGCUGAUGACUUGAAGGUACGGAAAAGCCAGCAACAGCAGCAGCCCCCUUACAUAUGAAGCUUAGUUUAUCGGUGGACCACGUAUGCGUGAGCAAUAGCUUUACAAACGACCUAAUGUGUGAAGUUCUGACCUUGCUAGUACUUUUGUCAGUAGUAAAUUAGGUUAGCUCUAACCCAAUAGUUCAGUCACGUCAAGGAACUGUAGUAGUAAGUACAUCAGAAUCCUGUGUCCACAAACUCGACAGUAUGAGAUGUAUAAAUGAAGUGACAUCUUCGAUUCAAGCUUCUGUGGGUCAACUGUUAACCAUACUCAAAUUUCCAUUGCAUUUUUGUGUACAGUGGGAAGUAACCUGUAACACCAUAAGAGCGAAGUUGUUUAAUGGUUUAACC